GACCUCACUUAUCGGCACCUCCGAAAGGACCGAUCGGAAACCUCCGAUGCGAAGGUUACAUGCGAAAGCUCGGUUUAUACACCACCUCGGAUUAAACAAGGAGGUAUCUACAUCUCAUGGUGCAUUUGAAUCAAUGUAAUCACGGGCGUCUUGCCGGAAUCAGUUCUAAGUCUCAACAUCAAGAUGUCUUCGACUAAAGGUGAAAUUGAAUAUUUUGACAUACCCAACUUUACUUUCCAAAAUGGGACCACUCUGGAUCAUGUUCGCUUAGCAUACCUGCAAUUCAACAAAGACGCCACCAAGACGGCCUUGAUCCCAACAUGCUUUCGUGGGAGGGUUCGGUCGACACUGAAUUUUGCCCAAGGCGCAUUGAGUGACCAUAGGGUCAUCGUGGUUGCCUUGCUAGGGAACGGUGAAUCAUCCAGUCCGUCCAACACCCUAGGUUUCCCGUCCAAGAUCGAGUACCGGGAUUGCGUUCGCGCACAGCAUCUUCUGCUCACCCAAGGCCUCGGUAUCACGUCCAUCGAUGUCAUGGUGGGCUUCUCCAUGGGCGGACAAUGCACCUACCACUGGCUAGCCCUAUAUCCCCAGAUGGUUAAGAAAGCCGUGAUCAUCUGUUCUUCCGCUCGAACAAGCCGGCACAACUAUCAAUUCUUGGAGGGGCCGAGGGCUGCGCUGGAGAAUUCCGCAGACUACGUUGCGGAGAGGAAAGAGGUGGGGAAAUUGGAAGCGCCUCUGGGUCUAAGAGCGUUUGGCAAGGCAUACUCGGCCUGGCUCACGAGUGUUGCUUGGUUUGAGGACGAGCUCUAUCGAGAAUUGGGAUACCAGUCUUUGAGUGAAUGGGACCAAGCCACGACGGACGUCAACUACCGGGAUUGGGACCCUGAGGAUCUAUUGGUGAUGCUAUGCAUGUGGCAGCGUGGCGACAUUACACUGUGUAAUGAGGAAUGCGGCGGAUCAUUGGAAGUCGCUUUGUCCAAAAUUACGGCGCCGGUGCUACUCUUACCAUGCCGUACUGAUCAGUAUUUCAGUUGGACCGCUAGUGAAAAGGAGGCCCAGUUGCUACCAAACGGGAAAUGUGAGAUUAUACCAUCUGUUUGGGGCCAUGUGGCGGGGUCUGGAAUGAGCAUCAGAGAUAAGGAAUGGAUAGACAGUAAAAUAAAGGACUUUGUGGGAUGAUGGUCGGAGAUGAGCAGUCAUGGCUACAUAGCAAAGCUUAGAGU